AUGCGGAAUUUCCGUGCAUUGAGCCGCGAUCUCUCCCCGUUCUCCACCGUCUCCUCCGUUCGCGGCUUGGCAUUCGCCGUCCUGCUCCUCUCUCCCUUCCUAUCCCCCCCAUCCUUCUGCCGUCCCUUCGACUUCGUAGAUCCGUCGGAUCGUGGGAUCUUGGGCUUUUUGAAGGGGGAUCUGGAUCCCCCUUCCUCCCCUUCCUCCCCUUCCCCCCCUCAGCUCCCCUCAACCAGGGAUACGCCCUUGACGCCGUUACAGAGGCUUUUUGAAGGGGGAUCUGGAUCCCCCUUCCUCCCCUUCCCUCCCUCAGCUCCCCUCAACCAGGGAUACGCCCUUGACGCCUCAUCUCAUCUCCCUUCCGCCCCUUCUCCCCUCACCCAACCCCCCUCUCCCACCCUCCUCGCCUCCCCUUCUUCCCCCCCAGAACCAACCGUGCCCUUCACACCGCUACAGGGCUUUCUGAGGGGGGCGCGCGAGUGGCAGGUGCAGGAGAUGCGGGCGGGGCGGGAUGGUGCUAUCCGCGCGCGUGUGGUGGAUGAAAGGGCGCCCAUGGCCGCACUGGCCGCGGAUGGAGCUACUCCCGUGGUUAUCCGCGAAACCAACUACGGGUUCAGCACGUGCAAGGUGGGUGGCAAUGGGUGCAGAUGGGUGCGGUUGAGUGCGGGCGGGGCGGGAGGGGGUUAUCUACGUGCGUGUGGUGGAUGCGCAUAUGGCCGCGGAUGGAGCUACUCCUCUGUUUAUCCGCGAAACCAUGGGUGCAGAUGGGCUGAGCUAGAAUCCCAUAGCACCCCGGCAGGGGUGAGCAAGACGGCCAUUUGGUUUCGCCCGGAGCUGCUGGCGCUGGCAGCAAACAUCUCACCUCCCCCCACCCCACCUUCUUCCCCACCCCCUACCUCCCCCCUCCAGCGCCAGGACACCCCGGCAGGGGUGAGCGAGACGGCCAUUCGGUUUCGCCCGGAGCUGCUGGCGCUGGCAGCAAACAUCUCUGCCUCCAUGAAUGGAGGCAACUUUGAUGCCGUGCAUGUGAGGCGCGGCGACAAGCUGCGCCCAGAGUUCUGGCCGCACCUCGACCACGACACACGUCCCGACGCGUAA